UUCCCAUAUAAAUAUAUAAAUGGAUUGGAAACCAGAGGUGCACAGGAGACUCCGGAGAUUAUCGAGACUCUCUGCAGAGGAGCUUUCCUGAUUUCAAAAGGAAAACUAAAAGGAGAGAAACAAACCCUUUUGGCUAAUUUUUCAUACAAGCAUUGGGAAGAGGAGAGAUGAAUGAUAUCUCCUGCAAACGUAUAAGAAUGGCCGUUUACGAGCCUGUUAAAGUGCAUGAUGAUGAACAUUUCAAUAAAAAUUAUGUGUCAUUGAGCAAUAACGUCGAUGAUGAAGAUGUUGAAUUGGCUCUUCGUUUUGCAAAGGUUAACGACGCUGCUUAUAAAGCCAUGGAAGAGAAGAAAUCUUUGAUCCUUUCUGCCAACCCCCAUCAGCAUCAGCAGCAGCAGCAGCAGCAGCAGCGUCUUGUUUCUCUCGACGUUUUUCGUGGACUCACUGUUGCGCUGAUGAUUCUUGUGGACUAUGCCGGUGGAAUUCUGCCUUCUAUUAACCAUGCACCAUGGAAUGGUCUCACACUUGCCGAUUUGGUCAUGCCAUUUUUUCUCUUCAUUGUUGGUGUUUCGCUUGCGCUUACAUACAAGAAAAUGUCCAGCAAAGUUGUUGCAUCAAGAAAAGCCGUACUUCGGGCUCUCAAGCUUCUAAUGUUAGGCCUUUUUCUUCAAGGUGGCUUUUUGCAUGGCAUAAAUUAUUUAACUUACGGAGUAAAUGUUGAACAAAUGAGAUGGAUGGGUAUCUUGCAGAGAAUAGCAAUAGCAUAUUUAGUAGGAGCACUGUGUGAGAUUUGGCUGAAAGGUGAUGAUCAUGCUAGCUCGGAUUCGAAUGUAUUGAGGAAAUAUAGAUUUCAAUGGGUUGUGGCUUCUGUGCUUAUUAGCAUAUACAUUUCCUUGUUAUACGGCUUGUAUGUUCCGGACUGGGAGUAUCAGAUUCCAGUUGAUGGUUCUUUCUCUGCCCCAAAGACAUUUUCAGUGAAAUGUGGAGUAAGGGGAGACACAGGACCAGCUUGUAAUGCUGUUGGACUGAUUGAUCGCACAGUACUGGGAAUUCAACAUCUAUAUAGAAAGCCAAUCUAUGCUCGAACUGUGCUAUGCAGUAUCAAUUCCCCAGAUUAUGGCCCUCUACCUCCUGAUGCUCCUUCAUGGUGUCAAGCCCCCUUUGAUCCAGAAGGACUCCUAAGUUCAGUAAUGGCCAUAGUUACCUGCUUGGUUGGUUUGCACUAUGGGCACAUUAUUGUCCAUUUCAAGAGCCACAGAGAUAGGAUCCUCCAUUGGAUGAUCCCAUCUACUUGUCUUAUUGCCUUCGGCCUGGGCUUGGACUUCUUAGGAAUGCAUGUAAACAAAGCUCUUUACACAUUCAGUUACAUGUGUGUCACUGCUGGUGCUGCUGGCUUUCUGUUUGCUGGAACCUAUAUGCUGGUGGAUGUGUAUGAAUAUAGGCGCAUGACUUCGGUGUUCAAGUGGAUAGGGAUGCAUGCAUUGAUUAUAUAUAUUCUUGCAGCCUGCAAUAUCUUGCCUGUUGUCUUGCAGGGAUUCUAUUGGAAGCAUCCACAAAAUAAUCUUCUUAGGUUAAUUGGAAUUGGGAGAUGAAUCUAUAACAGGAUGGUGGAUUACAUUUUCACAGAUAACAACUUUCUGUCGCCUCGUCUCUUUAGAAAACCCCGUCACCCUCAUUGUUCAGCAUUGAUUAUCAGCAGUACUGGCGUUGAACCUUCUUGCUUUAGGAGCCUCAGAAAUCAGGAACUUCAAUGAUCUUAAUUCAUUGUCAUAUUCGAGGAAUUAGCUUAUUGCUGUAUUGAAAAUACAAUGCAUCAUAGUCUGCCUCUGUGGCCUUGUAUGCAAUUUACUAUUGAAAGAUUAAAAAAGUGGCUCACAUCUUUUGAUGCA